AUGAUCGAUAUGCCUAGCGGGGGAGGAAAGAAGUGGUGGAAGAAGAAGAAGAAGAAGAAGAAGAAGAAGAAGGAGCAGAAGGCGUCGGCCGAAUUCCCACACUCUCACUAGGCUCCUUCAGUCCCAUUCUACUCGAAUCGACUCCUUUUCUCCCAAUUCAAUUGAGAUCCGAGGUGCCUUUUCACAAAUUCGUCCUUGAAUAUUCCGAGCCGGAAGAAGAUACUACUGUAAUUCUAAAGGGAGUUGCGCCGCUCGGAAAGCAUGAGAAAUUUGAGGGCUAGUGCAUGUAGGCAUUUUUAAAAUUUCAAUUUGAUGAGAAAAAAAAUAUUCCUUCUGAUUGAAGUUUUUCAAAAAGUUCCAAUCAAUUAACAGAACAAAACGCUUAGCGUACUUUUUACGAUGUGAGCAGAAUAGAUAUAAUAAAUUUUGGAGAGAAAAAAGCUCCGUUAUGGCGGAAGACAAAUCUUGAAAGCGUGAACAUAAUUCAACAUGGAGGAAGAGAAGAAAGAGCUUGGCAAAAGAAAUGCAUGAGCGAGAGUGAGCCCCGCCGUGAGCUGCCGUGAGCUGGUGCCAGUGUCGCGUUUCAAAAGGCCCAUCCCGUCGAAAAUUGUUGCUGAGAAUUUGAUCAAUCUGACGGACCAGGCUAUCUGACGGCUAACCGCCACCGAUCACCGCCCAAAAGCUUCCUCGUUGCGGCUCACACGCUGUUCUGAUUGAUAGCGCCGUCCUUAUCGAAAACCAGGAAAUAAAGGAGUAUUUACCCAAAAAACAAAACAAAACAUUUGAAAUCGAUCUAUUCAGAAAAAGAUCGUUUGCGUUUUAACGAUUUUUCUACUGAUAGAUCUUUUUCCCUAUCCGUUACUCACCAAAUGGAAAGGAUCGUCAAAAACGUCCUAGAACGCACGGCGUUUUUUUAACGCAAGUCAAGGCUUCUCGUAACUUAUGAUGCUUAGGGUGUAUACACACCGAUACGCACUAUGGCAUACUCGAAUUUUUUUAAAUCAUCAAAAAAACUAGAAAAAAAUAUAUAAUUCUGAUUAUUUGUAUAAUGAAAAACCUCAAAGUUCAUCAUCCAAUUCAAUUUGGCUCUAAUUUACACGAAACCGGUUUCAAAACCACGCGUAGCUACGUCAAAGGAAUUGGGUAAUGACUUUUAAUAAUAAAAAAACGUCAAACGAAGUAUUAACGAAGAAAAAAGCCAAAAAAAAUUUUUUUUUCCAAUUAAAUUUUUCGGUAAAUCUCGAGAGAUCUUCGGAGGGUGGGUCUUGUAAUACAGAAACGGGUCCUGGAGAGAUCAAAACUACAGUAGUCGUACGAUUUACGGCGCCCACCCCUAGUAUUUUUUUCUGCAUUUUCUUUCACUGACAAGAAGGCCGUGGGCGACGGCUGAUUUCAUUUCUCUAUUUUCCUACUCGGCACAACCUUUUCUUCUCAAAAAAUAAUAAAUGUUCAUUUUUUUUUUCCUCGAUCUGUUUCUCAAGUAUAUUUUCUCGGUAUAGCGACAAACUAUCAGACCGGGCCUAAUACAAUGUUCCUCACGUUUCUCCCCAGAACCUACUACAAGGAGUAUAUACGUUCUUAUGGUCGUCUCCUUUUAGUGGCCAAUAUUAUUUUUCAGAAUGGCCACUAAACGGAGUUAGAAAUGUCCAGUCUGACUGGUGACGUUUCUCCUCCUAGAAGCGUCAAUAAGUUUUUUUUUCCCAUGAACAUCCGAAAAAAAAUUCGAACUUUAAAGCUUUUCUAGAAUAUAAAAAUUACUAGAAAACUGCCUGCGGUCCCUAGGUAUAAACAUGGGCAAAGGGGAUUCGGGAGGUCGAUACAAGUAGAUACCGGAUAACGUCAAAGUCAAUCGGCGUAUUUUAAUAGGUGGUCGUUUGUAUGCGACGGGGUACUAUCUCUAUGAUACCUGGUGACUACCGGAGAGGCAUCGCUAUGCUACCGGGUAUGACUUCUGACGAGCGUGUGCUUUCCGGUACCAUGAAAAAAGUUAAUAAGUUGCAACCCGGUAGCUACCUCAUGAGCGGUCGCUAG